UUCACGGUGUCCAGCUUUCAACAAGGACCUCUGACCACAUUUGAGAAACUUGUGACUUCCAAAAAACAACUCAGGAAAGACGAUUUGAAGCUUUUUAUUUGUCUUUUUACGCACGCCUAGCACAGAAAUGCAUUGUUUUACUUCAGAGAGGAUGACGCAGACUUCUUUAUUCCCAGCGUUUCUGUUUUUGGCACCCGUGCUGUUGAAGGGUCUCUGGGUCAGUGGCUCCCCGGGCUGCGCGUCCUGUGGCUUGGAGGCGAUGGAUAAAAGCGCAGAGGAAAGUCUGAUGAUAGAAAUCGUCAAGCAGCAACUUUUGGAAAAGCUGCACCUGAAAGAGAGACCAAACAUCACUCAGACGAUUCCCCGGGCAGCGCUCCUCACUGCGCUGCGCAAACUGCACUCGGGGCGCGUCAGACACGAUGGUACUCUUGAACUAGAAAAAAGUAUAGCCACCAAAGAUCAAGGCUAUGAAAUAGUGAGCUUUGCAGAUUUAAAUGAGACAGAGAGUGGUGAUGCAGCCAGCCUCAGUCUUACCUUCCAGUUUCUGCAGGAAAGUGGCCAGAGUAUCCAGGUACUCCAGUCUUCUUUGUGGAUCUACGUCCACUCCUCUGAGGACCGUCAUCGAGACUCUCGCCUCUCUGCCCGGGUUUUUCUCUCGGCAGAAGGUGGGAUGUCCAGCUCUAACCGUACCCUGGUGAUGGAAAAGAUGCUGGAGGUCCAGGAUAGUAACUGGCACACUUUCCCCAUCACCCGCACCCUGCAGGCUUUCCUCGAUGGGGGCCAGCACCGACUGCGUCUGGAAGUCAGCUGCGAUGAGGAUGGGAAGAACCUUUGCUCCCUUCAUGGCUCUGCUGACACUGCCAACCAGCCCUUCCUUGUGGCCCAAGUGCGUCUCCGUGAUGACCACUCUAAACACACGCUCAGGAAACGCUCAUUGCGUUGCGGUGAAAAUGUAAGCGUGUGCUGCAAGAGAGAAUUCUACAUCAAGUUCAAAGAUAUCCAGUGGCAUGACUGGAUCAUUGCACCUGAAGGCUACCAUAUGAACUACUGCAUGGGUCAGUGCCCCCAGCAUCUGGCUGGCUCCCCAGGCAUAGCAUCCUCAUUCCAUGCCACUGUCUUCAGCCAGCUGAAAGUCAACGGCAUUAACAUGGUUGCAUCUUCAUGCUGUGUUCCCACAGAGCGCCGGCCACUCUCCAUGGUGUACUUCAACUCCCAGCACAGCAUUAUCAAAACGGACGUCCCUGAUAUGAUAGUGGAGUCAUGCGGAUGUACAUAAAGGACAGAGUAUGAAAGACAUAGUUAACAUAGAUUUGCUUUAACACAGGAAACUUAAAAGAUGUAUUUGUUCAUGUAGAUGGACAGAAAGAUAACACAAAACAGAUGAAAAUGUAAGUGUUUUUGUAUGUCUACUUUGGGACAACCAACUCUAUAUAUGUUGUUACUUGUACUUUAAAAAAAUAGAAGUAACAACUUAGUUUUGUCCCAAAUUAGACACACAAGUGUGUUGAACUAGAGGCAUCAUUAAGCAGUUUACAUGCACAUAAACAAUGACUAUAAUGUCACAAGCAUUGUUUCUAAAUUAAGGGAAACAGUAGGCACAAAGACAAAGAGAUUGUUUUGUAUUAUAGUUAAAGAGAUCACACUGUCACACAUCAUAUUUUUUUUACUUAAUUUUAAAGUCUAAUAUGCAGUAUGUAAAGAGCUAGUUGGUGAGAUCAUUUUGAGUGAGUGCCUAGAACCAACUGAGUGAAUUUAAAUGAGAUUACACACUGAAUCUGAAUGUAGACACAUUUUUAAUCUAUAUAUCAGAGGCAUUAAUUGAAGAGAGGCUAGAAACUAAGAAACCUUAGGGCAGACUCAACACAGACAACAAAGAAGUCCAACUCAUAUCAAAGAAACUGCUUAUGAAGGGCUCAAGACACACAAAGAGAUUAAUAUGGAGCCGUCACUGUAGUGUUUUAAAGAUGCAUCUUUUUUUUCAUUUUUCGUCAUAUGUAGGUUAUUUAUUUUGUAUUUCGUAAUUGCUGCUAGGAAAUUUGGAGCAGAACUGACCGCACUUCUAUUUUUUCAAAACAUUAGCUGCAGUAUUUUUGUCAUGUAAUAGGCUGUGUCCACACACAAUAUGACAAAAAAUAAUGCCAUUUUAAAGCAAGGCUUUUAAAACAGUGAAAGAUCCUUGAUUUAAAUUGUGCCUUCUUCAUUAACUCGGGAUGACAAAGUGCUACUUGGACAUUGAGUAUCAAGUCAUCUUCCAAUACCAAACAGAAUCCAUUGAGUGUUAUUCCUGAAGCAGUCUUUUUUAUGUGGGCCUGUGACACAAUGUUCAUAUUAACUUUUAUUUGUUUUCUAUAUUUGACGUAUUUGACGUAUCUUUUAUCUUUAAAUUACACCCAACAAACACUUUCUUUUUAUUGUGAAGUUGCGGUGAAACAUUUUUUAUGAUUGAACUGAAACGGCUUAAAGAGGUACAUACAAUCUGCCCUGAGUUCUGUCUGAGCGCAGCCGAUGCUGCAUGCAGGUUGAAAUAUGUUUGAUCAGCAUCUUCACUGUAUUAUUGACACAAGUCGGCUAGUCAGUUGGGUAACUAUGUCUCCGACAGCAUAUGAACUCAAGGUCGUUUCUCAGCAGCGUGAGCAAACAUUUAGCUAUUGCUUCAGUGUCAGGUUAUGUGAAGGUCUUCGAGGCAGGUGCGUCAACGAGCAUGUGGUGUUUGCAAGUUGGCAUUUAUAUCUCACAGAGUCUAAAGUUUUCUGGGAUGAUGUAAAAUUAGAAGCUUUCCAACUAAAGGUGAUCUGGUAAUACUUUUCAGGGAUUUGAAAAAAACAUCUUCCUUGUAUUCCAACAGCACAAUUGAUAGUCCUGGCUAUAAUUUGUAAGUGAGUAACAAUGCUAUGUCCAUAUCUAAAAUAAAUAUCAAGUAGAUAUUAAAAUAUGCCAGCAUCCAUACUAAAAUAACUAAAUUUGAUGGGCACUAUUGCCCUAUGAUGCAACAUGUAACAGAAACGGAGGAUUGACUCAGCUUGCAAAACAAAGAAAUCAAUAGUAAUAAAUUAUUAGAAAACCAGUCUAAACCACUUUUUAUAUGAUUUUCAAUUUUGAAAAUGGCAAAGAGUCAAAGAUUCAACCAUCUGUCAGCACAUGCCUUGUCUCGUUUCAUGUUAGAAGAAUUAUAUGCUGCAAUCUUUUUUUAUACCAACUAUAAAAGUUUUACACUGCUAGUACCAAAUAUGUCUGUAGAACAGAUUUGAGACCUAGGCCUUGUCUACUUCUCGUCUAUGUUUACACCAAACGGUGUAAAAGCCAAAGAUAUUUUUUGAUUUCUGGUUGAUGUUUCAUGGUUUUGUCCCACUGUGUUGGUGAACUGUAUUGUACUGCUAUGAUACACAGGAGAGAUCCAGGCAAUAAGUCGGGGCAUUGCAACAAGAUUUUUCAUUACAUUUCUACCCAAAUAGGCCAUAAACAUGUUUCACCUCUCUCUGUUGCCUCUAGAUGCACUUGUCUUAUUUCUUCCAACCUAAAACAAGCUUGUUGUGUAUUUUCUUUAUUUUGCAAGCACCCCCUGUCCCAGGACUCAAUGUGACAUUGAGGCGCCACCAUAACCUAACUUAUUUAAGCACUUUAUCACCCUACUGUAUUUUUAGAGCAAAUUAGCUUGGAGGGUCUACUACCUACAACCCAGGUGGCACUAACUAGAACAUCUAGAUAUUGUAUGCCUACAGAAAGCAAAUGUCAAUGAUGUUACUUUCUUAUGCCCUAGUUUGUUUUAUAUGCAUUGAAUUGCAUGUUUGCAGAGCACACAGAUUUCUGUAUACUGUAACUGGUGGAAAUGGA